GAGAAGUGCACAGUUGAAACCCUGCGGUGUACCUGCUUCGCCCGGCUGAACCAUGGCAAAGAAGCGCGUAGCUGUCAUUCUCUCCGGCUGCGGGGUGUAUGACGGCUCCGAGGUGCACGAAUCCUCGGCGGUAAUGGUGCAUCUCAGCCGUGCUGGAGCCGAGGUACAACUCUACGCCCCUAACGUGAAGCAGAUGCACGUCGUGAAUCAUUUGAGCGGCCAGCCCACUGAGGAAUCGCGUAAUGUCCUAGUCGAGAGCGGCCGAAUCGCCAGGGGCAACGUCAAAGAUCUGGCCGAGCUCAAGAUCAAUGACUGGGACGCACUGAUCAUCCCAGGUGGCUUUGGGGUUGCUAAGAAUCUGAGCAACUGGGCAGUCAAAGGAAAGGACUGCAGUGUUGAGGGAACAGUAGAAACAGCGAUAAAGAAAUUCCAUGCUACAAAGAAACCCAUUGGUCUCUGCUGUAUCUCUCCCGUGCUGGCUGCUAAACUCAUUACUGGAUGUGAACUAACUGUGGGCUUUGACACAGAAUGUGAAAAGUGGCCUUAUGCCAAAACAGCUGAGGCAUUGAAAGAGCUUGGCUGCCAACACGUCAACAAGCAUGUCAAUGAAACACACAUCGAUAAGAAAAAUAAAUUGGUGACAACUAGUGCUUUCAUGUGCAACGCCCCCAUCCAUGAGGUUUAUGAUGGAAUUGGAGAAAUGGUGAAAGAAGUCUUGAAGCUUGUAUAAGUUAUGAAUUGAAUGAACACAAUUGAAAUGUUUCUCAUGGUAUUCUCAAAGAGCGUAAAACUACUAAACUUGUUAGAAUGUGUAUUUAUUUGCACAGCUGAUUAAAAUUGUUUGUGGAAGUACUUAAAAGAUAUCUGUGGCUGUUGUGAAAGGAAACUGAAACCAUUAUAUUAAUGAUUAAUAGAAUACAGGUCUUCACUAGAUUAUGGCAGAAUUCUGUUUCCAUGAACUGUUUGAGUAAACAGGUCAAAAAUACUGUUCCCAGGUGGCAGAGUUGCCUGCGGUCUGUUAGUCUUCCAAAUGCUUGAUCUUAUGUACAGGCUGAACAGAUAUCUGGCGUUCAUAACUUGAAAUGGACCUGUAUUCUGUAAUAUCAAGUACUAUUACUGUAUUUGCAUUUCAAAAAUUUUGAGACGAAGUAGGAAAUGCAGAUGUCUGUAAAACAAAUUAUUAAAGUAAUCAAACUGUAGAAA